GUUGAAAUACAUAUCGUGACAGAACAGAAGACAUAAUAACAUCAUUAUAGUGACAACGAGAUUCUUGUAUCAUUCGUACUGUAACAAAUGGCGGAAGCACAGGAAACUAUCCGUUCACAGGACUACAAAAAGAGAAAAUCUGAAGAAACAAAACUGGACGUUGUCUGCCGAGAAGCUCAGAUACCUAUAGUCGAAACUGAUCUUCAUGUUUUUGUAUAUCUGAACAAGGAGAUACAUUUAUCAGCGGACAAACAGCAAAGUUUUUUUGAUUGUGUUAUCCUUGAAAAUAAAUUUAUAUUUACUGACAUAAUUAAUAGUAGGUUAGUAAUUUUUAGUGAAGAAAAUAGCGAUAUUAGUUACAUACCCGUGCCGUAUAAACCUUGGGGUAUAACAGGAAUACGUAACGAUGCUGUUGCUAUAUCUUAUCCUAUGGUUCAUAUCGUUCAGAUUGUAAACAUAUAUACACAUAAAGUGGAGGUUCAAAUAGAUAGCAAAAAUGAAUGUUGGGGACUAUCAUGUUAUAAAAACCGAUUGUACUUUGUAAGUGGCCGUAUUUUGAAAAUCGUCGAUUUAAUGGGAAAAUAUAAAGGCAAAAUCAUGUUACCUUCAGAUGAUGUUUCUUGCGUGAAAGUUGAUGAUACGAGAUUGCUGUGUACGGAUCGUGAAAUAUUAUACCGUUGUGAUUUGCAAGGUGCCAUCUUCUGGGAAUUUAGGAUGGAAAAUCUCGCGGGAUUACAUGGAGUAACCGUUGAUAGACAUGACAAUGUUUAUGUUGCUGGGGAAUGGUCUAACAAUGUUGUCGCGAUAUCACCUGAUGGUACAAAAUGCAGAGUUAUUCUUACUACUUUAAAAGGGAUCGACUCACCAAGGGGAAUUUAUUUUGAUAAGAAAGAAAAUCGGCUUCUUGUGUCGAACUGUAAUGGAGAUAAAGCCUUUGUGUUUGAUGCCCAAAAAUGAUAACUUCAAAAUAUGUAAACA